CCUUACGCUCCCCGGACUCAAGUCUCACGCUCAGCCCGGGCCUCUAGCUACUUCUAGCUUUUAUGGACCGCCCCGCUUCGGUUCUCCAGGAUGUCCAACCCCACCGGUCCUUUUCCCGCCCCCUCCCCCGACCCCUCCCACGGUCCACACCCCGACUCUACACCUCGCCCCACCCCGCCUCACACCGGGUCCCGGCUCCCGUACAGUGUCCCGCCCACUCGCCUUUCGACUGCUGUGAUUUCCUUUAGCCUCCGGUUGGGGCUGCUGUUUCUCCGAUUAGAUCUCAGGCUGAAUUAAUUGAUACUAGGUUUGGUAUCUUAAUUUUCUUUCCCGCAUUUGCACGGAACCAUCCUGUUAUUAUCAGUUGCUGUGCUAGUUAGUUUUUGUCACUUUGACACAAAUCUAGACAUCUGGGAAGAGAGAUUCUCAUCUAAGGAAUCGUAUUUUUGAUUUUUGGUUGGUAUGAGAAGAUCCAGCGCACUGUGUGGUAUUACUACUCUCUACCCCUGGACAGAUCUUCUAACUCUCCAAGACUCUGAAACUGCUACAAUCUUCUUAUCCACUGAUCCUGAGGAGCUCAAGUUCUCAAGAUCUUCCAGAGAAGCGUCCUGGUGUCAUGGCUGCCAGGUUCAUAGGACUCUUCCUAUUUCAGGCCAUAUCUUGGGCAUAUGGUGCCCAACCCUGCAUCCCCAAAAGUUUUGGCUACAGCUCAGUGGUCUGUGUCUGCAAUGCAACGUACUGUGACUCUCUUGACCCCCUGACCUUACCGGCUCUGGGUACCUUCAGCCGUUAUGAGAGUACUCGAAGCGGACGUCGGAUGGAGCUGAGUACCGGGUCCAUCCAGGCCAACCGCACUGGCACAGGGCUCCUACUAACCUUGCAGCCAGAAGAGAAGUUCCAGAAAGUGAAAGGAUUUGGAGGUGCCAUGACAGAUGCCACUGCGCUCAACAUCCUUGCCUUGUCCCCCCCGGCUCAGAAACUGCUACUCAAGUCCUACUUCUCUAGCGAAGGCAUUGAGUAUAACAUCAUCCGGGUACCCAUGGCCAGUUGUGACUUCUCCAUCCGCAUCUACACCUAUGCUGACACCCCUAAUGACUUCCAGUUAUCCAACUUCAGCCUCCCGGAGGAAGACACCAAGCUCAAGAUACCCCUGAUUCACCGAGCCCUGAAGAUGUCCCCACGCCCCAUUUCACUCUUUGCCAGUCCCUGGACAUCACCCACUUGGCUCAAGACCAAUGGAGCAGUGAAUGGGAAAGGGUCACUCAAGGGUCACCCAGGGGAUAUCUAUCACGAGGCCUGGGCCAAUUACUUUGUCAAGUUUCUGGAUGCUUAUGCUACACACAACAUCAAAUUCUGGGCAGUGACAGCGGAGAAUGAACCCUCUGCAGGGCUCUUCACUGGGUACCCCUUCCAAUGCCUGGGCUUCACUGCUGAACAUCAGAGAGACUUUAUUUCCCAUGAUCUAGGGCCAGCCCUUGCCAACAGUUCUCAUGAUGUGAAGCUACUCAUACUGGAUGAUCAGCGGCUGCUGCUACCCCGCUGGGCACAGGUGGUGCUCUCUGACCCAGAGGCAGCCAAGUACGUUCAUGGCAUCGCUGUCCACUGGUAUAUGGAUUUCCUGGCUCCAGCCAAAGCUACUUUAGGAGAGACACACCGCUUGUUCCCCAACAUGAUGCUCUUUGCUUCAGAGGCCUGCGUGGGCUCCAAGUUCUGGGAGCAGAGUGUUCGGUUAGGCUCCUGGGAUCGAGGGAUGCAGUACAGUCACAGCAUCAUUACGAACCUCCUUUACCACGUAACUGGAUGGACUGACUGGAACCUUGCCCUGAAUCCUGAAGGAGGGCCCAACUGGGUCCGCAACUUCGUUGAUAGCCCCAUCAUUGUCGACAUCCCCAAAGACACAUUUUACAAGCAGCCCAUGUUCUACCAUCUCGGCCACUUCAGCAAGUUCAUCCCUGAGGGAUCUCAGCGAGUGGGCUUGGUGGCCAGUGAGAAGACCGACUUGGAAACAGUGGCACUGAUACGCCCUGAUGGCUCUGCAGUUGUGGUCGUGUUAAACCGAUCGUCUAAGGAUGUCCCUCUUACCAUCAGUGAUCCUGCCCUGGGCUUCAUGGAGACCAUCUCACCUGGCUACUCCAUUCACACUUACCUAUGGCGUCGCCAGUGAGGGAGGAGACCCCGAAGCAGGCACCUGGGCUUAGCACGGACAUGGAAGGGAAAGUUAGCUCUGUGACUAAAGAAGGCAUGGCGGGGCCUGGGUGACCUGACAGUGACACAGGGGCAGGGGCGAGGGUUUGGGUGUCUUAUUCGUCUUUCCAGUACGUGCUGUGCAUGGGUGGGAGGCCCUAGAGUCCCUCCAUUUCCCACGGUUGUAAAGUGUGUGCCGUGUACUAGUUGCCUGUGGAGGCUGAGCCAGGUCCAGGGUGAGUUCAUCAUCUAUGAAGCACAAGAUGGGGAUGCCUAGGGAAGAUGGACCUGUGCAGAGGAGCGAGGUAAGUCAGUCUAAGGGCCGAAGCAGCUUUACAACCCGAGUGCCAGAGGGUAGGCCUGCACCUCCACAUUCUCAUUGUAGCAUCUAAGAAUGGCAGCAGCCCCAUAAAGAAGAAAAUAUUUGAUCCCAGCUAGUGUAAACAAUUUUAUUCUGAGGAUAGCACCCCAUUUUUGGCUGCUCCAACAAUGGGGGGACAAAGGGGCAUUUGGAAUGCAUGAAUAGAAAAAUCAGUCCUGGGAACAAGAACAUCAGUCCUCUUCAUCCUCCUCAGCCAAGUCCAAGGCCUGUGUGCAUGGGGCCCGAGCAGGGCUUGCACGCUGGAUGGAAACAAUGCCACUGAGCAAGGCAUAGCCCACCAUGGCUGCCAGCCCUGCCAACACAGAUAGAAUCUGGGUCCGCCGCCGGUAUGGUUCCUCCUCGGUCUCAGGGCCUGCUGGUGUCUGGCAUGGAGGCGGUGGCACGUCAGCUAGGAGGCAAGGAGGGAAGGUGAGCGUGGGAGCUGGUCCUGGCCCCAGCCCAUUCUCUCCAUCUGCUCCUUACUUGCAUCCCGGGGAAAGUAGAGGUUGAGGAUGUGGGUGCAGUAGACACAGAGGUUCUGCAGCCCCCGAAGGUGGGCCUGCAGCUUCCCACUGGGCAGCUUUGCCUGCAGCAGCAGGACCAAAUGGCUAAAAACAAAGGCGUCCAGGGAGGCAGGGCUGGAGAGAGAGAGAAGGGCCAGAUGGAAGUGGACAGCUGCACAGAGAGGUCAACAUGGUGCAGGAGGAAAGUCUGCUUCAGAGGGGGAGGCUCCAGACAGCAAGGGGUCAUCCGGGAAGAGCAGGACACCUAGCUCUGGAUUUGGUAGGGGAGCUCCCCAGGUGGCGCCAGCCUGGCCCUGAAUGGAGCUCUAUCCCAGGGCAGCAUAAAGGACACAUUGAGUGCUGCCCAGCCCAGCAGUCUCCUCCUGGGCCUGGCUUCUCUCCCACCUCACCCUCCUGUACCACCAAGGAGGUUCUAGCCACACACACAGCCCUCCUGUCACCAGAGCCAGUGUCUGUCCUCAGAACCUCUUGUUCACACCUCAGCCCCUCAGCCCCUCAGCCCAGGAUUUGACACCUGAACCUGUAUCUUCUUCCAGCAUCCAUUUAUUCCCCCUUGGAGUCAGACUCACGCAUCUCCAAAGAAGAACUUCCGAGAGCCCAGACGAUGAGAGAGAAGGGUUAGGCACUCCCGAGCCUCCUGAUACAGCUGUAGGGAGGACACACGGCAUGUGGCUGUGACACUUCCCAAUAUAGAUUCUCAUUCCUAGCCGUCACCUUUAGGGUUCAUCUCUUUUGUCCCAAAGCUACCUCUUUUUCUAGUUCCUCCUCGCUCUCCAAUCUGUGCUCGCCACACAGUAGCUGCAGCCGCUCCAUGUGCCGGCGUUGCAUGCGGCCAGGCAGGAAGAAGUUGAGGGGAAAGGGCAUAGCCUCUGCAUACCACUUUCGGGUCACUUCCACAUAGUUCUUGGCAUCUAUCCAAAAAGUAUGGAUCUGGAUUGGGCAGACAGAAAGGAAGACAGAGUCUGAGCCAGUGCAGCUGCCUGACACCGGGCAGGCUACUAAGUCUCCUGGCACUCUGAGUAUGUCCCCUUGCAGGCUGGGAGUACUCACUAGCAUAGGGAGUAGUUUCUCCUCCAGCAGAGAAAUGAAGGCUAAGGUAUCUGCUCCUUGUCGAGCUGACAGAUCGUAGUCAGCAUUAUACUUCUGUGGAAGAAAUGUCCACUAGGUGAAUACUGAUUGAUUGCAGGGGCGCUUUUUUAGUAGGGAAGGAACAGUAACCCCACACUAGCCUCCAGCACAGUAGAGGUAGAAGAGGGGAGUCUUUCCUGCUGAGGUCUCCUUGCCUCAGCCCAGCCAGUAGCCUGUUGCUGUUGGCAGAAGGCCUGGGCUUUGGAGCCCACUAGCUGUCAAGGUCCUGCACCCACUGGGGGGAGGAAAGAAGGCCUGGCCGCAAAGUGGGAGCAGCUCCCAGAGUUUCCACGGAAAGCUGGCAGUGUGCCCGCUGACAGCAACUUUCUAACAGUAACUUCCUGAUCCAGACACCACAGAGCUAGCAAAGUGGAGCUCUCAACUGCAGGCUGGACCUCAGCCCAUCUUAGGAAUCAGGGGGUGCCAUCCUUACCCUUCUUGAACUCAGUAGAUUUACACCCAGCCACCCCAAGCCCCAGCUGGUCUCUUAUGGCCAAGCUCUUGGCUAUGUCUUAUACUUCACUCCAAACUCAUAUGCACCAUUACUGUACAUUUAUUCCACCAGUAUUUCCAUCGUAGUGUAGCCUACCUUUCCAGGCUUCAGUCUGGUCCUUAGCACCCCCUCCGCAGACUGAGAAAGCUUUGUACCUACACAUCCUCUUCAACAGGAUUCUUAAAUUUUUCCUGAACCUCAGUUUCUCCUUUAUGGAAGGAGACAGUAAUCUUUUUCUCUCCAUGUGGUUGGAUUUGGAAAUAAUUUAGGAAAAAAAACCCUUUGGAAAAUGAAAAGGCUGUGUUUAUAUGCAAGUAACCCAGGUCCUGCCAGAAACAUUGGCUUUUAUCUGGAUCCUGUUUCUCUAGGCCUCUAAGCUUCCAUUACUUUCCCAGCUCCCUGGAAAGUAGAAAUGAAAAAGAGGAUUCUAUUUCUGACUGUAUGUUCCCUCUUGGAACAACACUGUGAAUGCCAGACCUCUUAGAGCAGGCUGCCUGAGCACCCUAGCUUGCAAGUAAAGAACUGUGGUUGGUGAGACGGCUUAGCAGGUUAAUGUUCUUGCUGUCAGGCUCAGGGACAUGAGUUCCAUUCCAGGGGCCCACAUAGUAGAAGGAUAGGGCUUAUUCUACCAAGUUGUCUAGGGUCUCCCCAAGUGUGUCACAGCAUGUGUGCACACACACACCCCCAAAACAUGAGAAAUAAAUGUUUAUAAAACAAAAA